AUCUGCUGUUUUCCCUGACGUCGCAUCCAGGAUAAUAAAUCAAAUCUAAGAUCACAGCACAGGCGGAGGAGACGAAACUCUUUCAAAAGCAGAGAUGUUUCGCAACCAGUACGACAAUGAUGUGACAGUAUGGAGUCCACAGGGCCGUAUUCAUCAAAUCGAGUAUGCCAUGGAGGCAGUGAAACAAGGCUCUGCAACUGUAGGACUCAAAUCCAGAACCCAUGCAGUCCUGGUUGCACUAAAGAGAGCCCAGUCUGAACUGGCUGCCCACCAGAAGAAGAUUCUCCAUGUCGACAACCACAUCGGCAUCUCCAUUGCUGGACUGACCGCUGAUGCCAGACUGCUCUGUAACUUCAUGCGUCAGGAGUGCUUGGACUCGAGAUUUGUCUUCGACAGGCCCCUCCCGACAUCACGUCUUGUCUCCCUUAUUGGCAGCAAAACCCAAAUCCCAACACAGAGGUAUGGAAGGAGACCUUAUGGUGUUGGACUUCUCAUUGCUGGCUAUGAUGACAUGGGACCUCACAUCUUCCAGACCUGCCCAUCAGCCAACUAUUUUGACUGCAAAGCCAUGUCCAUCGGAGCGCGCUCUCAGUCUGCACGCACCUACCUGGAGAGAUGCAUGGACAAGUUUGCAGACUGUAACCUGAAUGAUCUGGUCCAGCAUGGCCUCCGUGCUCUCAGAGAAACCCUCCCCACCGAGCAGGACCUCACCACUAAGAAUGUUUCCAUUGGCAUUGUGGGGAAGGACAUGGAGUUCACCAUUUAUGAUGAUGAUGAUGUUGCCCCGUUCCUGGAGGGACUGGAGGAGAGGCCACAGAGAAAGGUCGCUCAGCCUGCAGAUGAACCCGCCGCUGGACAGGCAUCCGAUGAGCCAAUGGAGCACUGAGGUGGCCCCGUCAAUUCACUUCCUGUUAUGAGAGGGGGCACGAAGGCAGACCUGCAAGUCACCAGAGUAACUCUUAGAGGGGAAAGUUGUUGUUGUGAUGUGCCACUUGCUAAACUGUUAAUCCAAAAUAUUCUCUGCGAACAUCAACCAAUGUGAUGUUGCUUUUGUAUGAGUAAAGUGUACCAUUAUACAGGUAAUAAAGUCUUUUUUUGAA